UGACGCGCGCCUGCCAUUUGUCGUGCGCUGUUUGUCAUGUGUCAGGCAUACAAGGCGCAACACCUUCAGAUGUGCAUGCAGGGUUAAGUUAGGCUGAGCAACAGUAAGGAUACAUUCACCUCUGCGACCACCGCUUGCCACUCUUCUCUUGACCUUCUCGCAUAACAUCGUCCACUCGCAACGUCUCACUCGGUCGCUUGAGCCCCGCCAAUACAUCCAAGAUCGGAGACACGGAAACAGAGACACCUGCGGCAGGUCGAGAGACUCAGACGGCCAACAUGGCGAACAAGCGGAUCAUGAAGGAGUUCCAGGAGAUCACGAGCAGCCCUCCGCAAGGAUGUAGUGUGUCGCUUCAGCAGGAGGACGAUAUGAACGUCUGGGAUGUGCACAUGGAGGGGCCUUCGGACUCAGUGUAUGCGGGCGGCAAAUUCCACAUCGUCAUCACGCUGCCGAAAGAGUACCCCUUCAAACCACCGACGCUUUCGUUUCGCACCAAGAUCUACCACCCGAACGUCACCAACGAUGAACGCGGGGCCAUGUGCCUAGGUAUGCUGAAGUCGGAGGAGUGGAAGCCACCGAACAAGAUCAAGGAGGUACUCGGCUUGGUGAGACAUACGCUGGGCGAGCCACAGCCAGACGACGCCGUGGAGACGAGCAUUGCAGAGGUCUACAAGACGAAACCCGAAGAGUACGAGAAAAUUGCUCGGGACUGGGUGAAGAAAUACGCGAAGUAAGGGGUGGACACAUCACUUUCUGGAGUCUUUCUGCUGCGACACGUGCGGCCGCGCCCAGCAGAUGGCAUCUGAGCGUUGAAGCGUGACCUAUAGACGGCACUGAUAGCGAGAGCGAUUUCUCUCACGAACGGCACGUGCAGCAAAGCGCCGUAUAUGAAGUUAUAUGAAGUUGCCGAGAAUGACAAUGACUUUGAGC